AGGUAACGGGUGGGAGAGACCUGGUGGCUGGAGGAGGCACUGAAGGGAAUUGGGAGGAAGAAUGGGUUAUGAGGAGAACGAGGCAGCUGAGGAUAAUGGAAGAAGGGGGGGGGGGGGCGGCUGGCGUUGUUGGGGAGGGGAGGUUGGACUGACGGGAAGAAGAUAGGGAUAGCGUUGUAUACAGGGAGGCAUAUCUCCGGCUGAAAGGGGUCAAUGAAUCUUAGCUUUUUCCCUCAGUGGAAGAGGGAAAAUGGAGGGCUGUCGGGGUGGAGCUUGGAGUGGUGGGAGAGGGAAAAAGGAGAAAACCGCAAAGCUCUCAGGAGAUCAAGAAGGACCAGAAAUGGGGAGUGGAAAUUGGGAGAGACCAGGGAAGGUGGGUAGGUAGGUACGAGAAGGGAAUUGAAGAAGCUUGAGAAUGCUGCGAUGAUGGAGCAUCCGGGAGACCCAGAGAGAAGCAGAGCCCCUGAGACCUUGGGGACUUGUCCUCCAUGAGGUUGAGUUCUCUUGAUGGAAGAGAAGCUGAGAUUCUCUCCACCUUUGGAUAGAAUUGCUUCUCUCUUCCCCUGUGAAUUUUUUACCUUGACAUAGCUGAACGGGGGAGUAGAAGCUAGGAGGGAAGGUGAAGGACUCCCAUUCUUAAGCCCUUCAACCUCCUGUCUGUCCCCACAUGCCCAGAUCCACGAUCUUUUGGAUCGAGGGCAGGGUAGUGAAGUGAGAGUGGUUUCCUACUGGAGCUAUUUCAGGUUUGGUAGGCUGGCUGUUGAAAGGGAGGGGUGGAGGGUUCAGGGAGGUUAGGUGAGGCUGGCAAGCCAGCUAAAAGCCAUGUCUCUUUCUUGCAAGGGGCCUCCCUUACUUGUGCUUUCUCUGUGCCUGAGGUUCUGCCUGGCUCUUCCCUCUGCCAGGGCUUCUUGUAAAGAGAGCAGAUGAUCCACCCAAACCCAGCAGGUGCCUGCCAGGGACGGCAGUGCCAGUUGCAGGAAGAUUUGCCUGACAGAGCCUUCAAACGUACCCAUUAUCACUAGGGAGCAGAGGCAGCAGGCCGUGCCGGGGGGGCAUGUUGCUGUAAUCAGUGGCCCAGGGGAUGUUACGGUGGACAGUGCACCUGGAGGGCGGGCCCCGCAGGGUGAACCAUGCUGCAGUGGCUGUCGGGCACCGGGUCUACUCCUUUGGGGGUUACUGCUCUGGUGAAGACUAUGAGACACUACGUCAGAUUGAUGUGCACAUUUUCAAUGCAGUGUCCCUGCGUUGGACAAAGCUGCCCCCGGUGAAGCCCGCUGUCCGCGGGCAGGCUCCCGUGGUACCCUACAUGCGGUAUGGACACUCAACCGUCCUCAUCGACGACACAGUCUUCCUUUGGGGUGGGCGGAAUGACACUGAAGGGGCCUGCAAUGUGCUCUAUGCCUUUGACGUCAAUACUCACAAGUGGUCCACACCCCGAGUAUCAGGAACAGUUCCUGGGGCCCGGGACGGACAUUCAGCUUGUGUCCUGGGCAAGACUAUGUACAUUUUUGGGGGCUAUGAGCAGCUGGCGGACUGCUUUUCCAAUGACAUUCACAAGCUGGAUACCAGCACCAUGACAUGGACCCUUAUCUGUACAAAGGGCAACCCUGCACGCUGGAGGGACUUCCACUCAGCCACGAUGCUGGGCAGUCACAUGUAUGUCUUUGGGGGCCGUGCUGACCGCUUUGGGCCAUUCCAUUCCAACAAUGAGAUUUACUGCAACCGCAUCCGCGUCUUUGACACCAGGACAGAGGCCUGGCUGGACUGUCCGCCCACUCCAGUGCUGCCUGAGGGGCGCCGGAGCCACUCAGCUUUUGGCUAUAAUGGGGAGCUGUAUAUCUUUGGUGGUUAUAACGCAAGGCUGAACCGGCACUUCCAUGACCUCUGGAAGUUUAACCCUGUGUCCUUUACCUGGAAAAAGAUUGAACCGAAGGGGAAGGGGCCAUGUCCCCGCCGGCGCCAGUGCUGCUGUAUUGUUGGUGACAAGAUUGUCCUCUUUGGGGGUACCAGUCCAUCUCCUGAGGAAGGCCUGGGAGAUGAAUUUGACCUCAUAGAUCAUUCUGACUUACACAUUUUGGACUUUAGCACGUCUAACAUGUCAUUUGAGGAGCUGUUGGAAUUGCAGAACCAAGUGGGGACUAAGACAUACAAACAAUUGGUAGCCGGAAAGAGCACUAAGAAGCAAGGCUCUAGACCAUCUGUCCAAAAUGCAUGUGUUGCAGAUAAGCACAGGCCUCUGGAAAUGUCAGCCAAGGUCCGGGUGCCGUUUUUGCGUCAAGUUGUCCCCAUCAGUAAGAAGGUAGCCCGGGACCCCCGCUUUGAUGAUCUAUCAGGGGAGUAUAAUCCUGAGGUGUUUGACAAAACGUAUCAAUUCCUGAAUGACAUCCGAGCCAAAGAGAAAGAGCUUGUGAAAAAGCAGUUGAAGAAGCACCGUUCAGGGGAGGAGCAUGAGAAACUGCAGCAGCUGCUUCAUCGAAUGGAGCAGCAAGAAAUGGCACAGCAGGAACGAAGGCGGCAGCAGGAGCUGCACUUGGCCCUGAAGCAGCAGCGGCGGGCUCAGGCCCAGCAGGGCCAUCGGCCGUACUUCCUGAAGAAAUCUGAGCAGCGCCAGUUGGCCCUAGCUGAGAAGUUCAAGGAGCUGAAACGCAGCAAGAAGCUGGAGAGCUUCUUGAGUCGAAAGAGGCGCCGAAAUGCAGGCAAAGACAGGAGGCAUCUUCCUUUGGGCAAGGAGUAAUAAGGAACUGUUUCCAGCUCUGCCGCUGCCCCAGUGAGAAAUGGAUCUGUGGGGACAGACUUGGGCUUGACCUCUUCUGCUUCUUUCCCAUUCAAGGGCAGGGAUCACAGCUGCUCUUGAACUAGGUUGGUUCAGAGAAGACUAGAGGGCUCUUGGAAUGCCCCUAAGACUGGACAAGAGCAGGUCAGCUUCUACCAUGCCACACUGCG